UGUGUGUGUGUGUGUGUGCAAAACGCGCACUGUGUGUGGAGUAUUGUGCAUAAUAGCCUAAGCCUCAUUUGGGUCUGUUCAAUUAAACUCAUUGAAUAGACAGGUACCUUGCGACAGGUACAGUAGGCUACCUAUUUAACACACACUAAAAGCAUCUCCAAUUGUCAUUCAUCAUUCAUAACUUAUUUAAUGCAGGUAUCAUAAAAUAAAUGAGGUACAGUUGUGCUGGCCAGAAUAUAAUCUUUUAACAACGGCAACAUACAAUGAAACAAUGCAGCAAACGUUUGUAAGUCCAUGAAACCGAGACCCAUCGGCAACAUGACGUACUGUAAUUAAUAUUCACGUGAUAAGUCAGCAGCCGCAGUCGCGCAUCACGCGCAAGGUCUCACGCGCAAGGUCUCACGCGCAAGAACCGUUACAACCGUUGCAGCCGAGCACAGGACUGAAAGGAACAGCGCACCUAUCUGAGACUGCAAAAAAAUGAGCACAGAAGUUAUUCAGUGGACUACCCAAGAUGUGGCUGACUGGUUGACUGCAAAUAGUUUCCACGAAUUUAUUCCAACAUUUCAAGGUUGAUCUCACAGAAAUGCCUACUCUUUUUAACUGUCCCCUAUGCAGCAAACAAACAUUUUCUCUAAUUAAACAAAUUCAACAUAUUGGCCUUUAUCAUCAAAAUAACUCAACAUUUGAAUUCACGUGUGGAUUAAAUGGUUGUGGCAAAAUAAACAAAAGCUUCAGUUCCUAUAGAUCUCAUAUUUAUCGAAACCAUAGAGAUCUUCUUUCAUUGAAAAGUAAAGAAGAGGAAGCUUGUGAUAAUGAGGUUAAUAACUCAGAGGAACAUGAUGAUCUGGAAGAAGAGUUUUCUAGGACUGAUUUGGUAGACAUUAUUAACUGCAGAGAGUUUAGAACAGAUGAUUUACUGCACAACCUAAAACACAAUCUUUGUCUCUUCAUUUUGAAAUUAAGAGAAAAGCAUUGUAUUGCUGCCACAGUUCAAUUCAGUAUUGUGGAGAACCUAAAAGUCAUCUUUGAGGAGUUCACUACUCAUUACACUGAGAUACUAAGAUUUCAUCUUCGGCAACAACAUCAAAUUGACACUGAUGAUGAUGAUGACCUAUCUGAACUGCUUAAUCAGCAAAAUGUUUUUGAUGAAUGCCUCAAACAGAUUAGUAGUGAAUGGAUGCUGGAGCGCUACUGUGAAGAUGAACUUGAAUACAUUGCACCAGUGCAAGUUCCUCUAAAUCAAACAGAACAACAAGGUGCACAUUUUCAGUAUAUACCUCUGCAGGCUCUGCUGAGUAAGAUUGUACAGAAUGAGGAUGUGUGGGCGAUGCUUAACCAAGAGGUAGCACCCAAACAUCAGGAUAUUAUGGAGGACUACACUGAUGGAGACCAGUUCAAAAGUAGUCAUCUUACUUCCUUAUCCAAUCUACGGCUACAUUUCUACAUUGAUGAAUUUGAAAUUGUUAACCCUUUAGGCUCUAAAAAGGGAAAACAUAAAUUGACAGCUGUGUAUUUUAAACUCGGAAACAUUGACAAGAAAUACACAUCAAAACUUGAGAAUAUUUACCUAUCUUCUUUAAUCAGACAUCGGUUUAUUGAAGAAGACCUUACCAACUACAACAAUCUUUUCCAGCCCUUGAUUGAGGAAGUGAGGCACUUAGAGACUGAAGGAGUGACUCUGUCAUGUAAUGGUGAAAGCAGAAGAUUCUAUGGCACAAUAGUCACCAUAUCAGCAGAUAAUCUUUCAGCUCACUCUUUGAUUGGGUUGAAAAGAAACUUUUCACAUGGAAGAAUAUGCCGGUUUUGCAUGGCUACAAAAGACAACAUUACCGUCAAAUUCAGGGAAGAAGACUUUACUCUAAGAGACAGUGCCAACUACAAAUACCAUCUUCAGGCUGUUUGUGAAAAUCCUGAUUUGGGAAAUGUUUAUGGUGUGCUGAGAGAGUGCUGUUUUUCAUCUCUAAACUAUGCCCCUUCAUUGAUAACUCACUUGUUUCCACCCGAUGUGAUGCAUGAUGUUUUGGAGGGAGUCAUCCCUAAAGUUCUGAGGUUGACUCUUUAUCAGCUUAUACGAGAUAAGCAAAUCACCCUGGCUCAACUGAAUUUUGAAAUUGAAAAUUUUUCAUAUUCUGUAAAUGACAAAUCAUCUAAGCCACAAACCCUCACUGAGAGAAUGCUGCGAACCCAUUUAUCUGGUAAAGCUUCAGAAACCUGGACACUGUUUCGACUGUUACCACUGAUGGUUGGAUCGUAUGUCUCUCCAAACAAGUACUGGAACUGCUAUAUUUUACUGCGAGAAGUGGUAGAUGUAAUCAUGGCCCCAGUGGUUAGAAGAUCAUGGAUACCCUAUCUACAGGAAAAAAUUUCUGAGUUUUUAUCAACAUUUCAAACAAUCUUUCCUGAUGGUGUCACUCCAAAAAUGCAUUUUUUAGUGCACUACCCUUCACUUUUGCUGAAAUAUGGUCCAUUGGUUCAUUUAUCUUGUAUGCGCUUUGAGGCAAAGCACCAGUAUUUCAAGAAGGUGUCCACUGUUGUUUGCAACUUCAAGAACAUCACCAAAACACUUGCUAGAAGACAUCAGCUGAGACAGUGCUGGGAGCAAGCUGAGAAGAAAAGCAUUGGAUAUGAAGUAUGCAAUGCCUCAGGAUCAUCUGAAGUUCCAUCAAACACCCUGCCCUCUUUAGUUCUGGCUACACUGGAAACAAAGAUUGGCAAACGUCUGUCUAAUGAAGUCCUACAAAAAACAAAUUCCAUCACAGUUAAUAAUAUAAAUUAUAAAACUGGUGAAUGCAAAGUGAUUGACACUGUACACACUGAAGAGAUUCCAAUAUUCUUCAAGAUCAAGGCAAUAUAUGGAUAUAUUGGUUUGUGGUACAUGUUUGGAAAAAUUCUUACUCCACUUAAAUUUGACAGCCAUCUCCAUGCAUACAAAGUUACUGAAGCAUCUUGGUGUGCCCUUGAAGUAGGGGAUGAGUUAGCUUGCCAUGGACUGGACACUUAUAAAGAUCUAGAAGGAAAUGUUUUCAUCCCCUUGCGACACACCAUCACUAAACAUUAGUAAACAUAUGUUUGCUGCAAUAUAUAAUUCAGCAUGCAAUUUUGUUUACAUGAUCAUCUUUUACUCCUGUUGACCUGUUGUUUUAGAGAAUGAAAUUGAUGGGGAUACGUUAAUCAACCUAACUGAGAAUAUGAUAGCUAAAAUAUUUCCUAAAAUGAAGGAUCAAGUUAAAUUCAUUAGACUACAAAAACAAAUAAAGACUGAAAUGCCUACCAAAACUACAUACA